ACAGCUAGCAGGGCCAAUGUAGUCAAGGAAAGUGAAUGUAAUGCUGAUACCACCCCUGAUGUGCCUGUUAAACUGGAGCUUUCUGAUCGACGAAAGGCUCUGUUUGAACCUUUAGAACCUCUGGGAAAUAUUAGUGGUCGUGGAACUCAGCCGAAUCCUUUACUACCUCCACCAGACUUCGACUCUGCUGCAUACCCGAAAGGUUGGCUCAUUGGAAAGAAGCGAAAGCUAGUUAAUGUGGAUGUGGUUGAGAGCAUGCGCAGGAUUGCUAUUCAGGAGAUGAACAGAAAGGAUCGGGAAAUAGAUGGUCUAAAUGAGCAGUUAGAAGAGGAUUCGAGGUGCUUACAACAUUUACAGCUUCAGCUUCUGCAAGAACGAAGCAAAAGUGCAGAUGUAGAAAGACAAAACAAAAUGCUGCAAGAGCAGGUGUCUAUGCUUAUGAAUAUGUUACAAGAACCAGUGAUAGUGGAGGAUGAAGGCACAGAUCAAGCUUAAUUCUUACGUUAAUAUAUUUGCAAGUAAGAACUAAAAUUAAAGUAUACGUGCAUAUAAAUAUAUUAUAUAGCAACAAAAUUAAGACAGAUUAGGCAUAUUAUUCAUCUACUUCGUGUUUCAAAUGUUUGUUCUCAUGUAAAAACCUUAUUCUAUUAAACGAUUCCUUGAUUGGUUUUA